AAGACGGUAGUUUUAUUUUUCAGCAUUUUGGCGCCCUAGAGUUGUUCGAAGGCGGCCAGCACAAACAACAUGCCGCCAUGAUGGUAAUGGCAAUGCUGGGCUUCUAUUUCGAGUUGGCGAGGCACGACAGGGACGCGCAUGUCCGAGUCCACUUGAGACAUGUUAGAGCUGAUAAACUCCAUCACUUCGAGAAGAUCCGGUCAGACGCGACUCUGCCCCUGCCGUACGAUUACGACAGCGCCACACACCCAGCAUGGCAGUUCUGGAGGAAGAUCGGCAGAACUGGCAUAUCGACAGUCGCCACUUAUAAGGAGAAGGAUCCCGACGGCUCCAUAAUGCGUUCGUUGGGUCAGCAUGAUCAACUUCUAUCGGAAAUGGACAUAAUCAAAAUAAACAGCGUUUACGGAGUCAACUGCUUUACUAAAAAGCCCGAGCCGGUUAUCGAUGAGGUAGUUAUUAGUCCUCAUUUAAAAGAAAAAGGGAGUAAAUAUAAAUACGACGAAAAACCCGCUCGAGAAGAAAAUGAAGGUGAUAAUACACCACAGGAACAUGAUAGCGGUAAAAGUAAAUAUAAUAAACAUCCUGAACCAAAUGAUGAUGAUGAUGAGGCUGGUGCUCACGAAGAAAGAGGUCAAAGUAAUAAAUAUAAUAAAAGACCUAAACCUGAAAUCGAUGAAGAUGAAGCGCCUCACGAAGAAGAAAGAGGGAAAAGUAAAUAUAAUAAUAAAAAUCCCGAGCCAGAUAACGAUGACGAUAUUGAUCAAGAUGAAGAUGAAGAGAGAAGUAAACAUAGAUUAGAACGAGAUAGAGAAGACAGAGAACCAGAAGACGAAGACUUUGAGGACGAGGAAGCACAUAGAAAUGAAAGACAGAAGAAUAAGAAGCAGGAAGGUAGAAAUGGUGAAAUAGAGGAACACGAAAGAAACAGAGAUAGGCAUCGGAAUAAAAUUGAGCCAAUAAUGGAUGAAUCAGACGCUAGGGACAAAGAAGAACAUGAAGGGAAUGGGGAUAGACAUGCUUACAGGCAUGAGAGGGAAAGAGAUAAAAUAACAAGUAGAGACAGAACUGAAAAGAAUAAACCUAGGGAUAGAAAACGAAAAAGGCCAAGCGAAUCGGAUGAAGAUAGGCAGAGUCAUGUUCAGAAACAUCGAGAAGAACUGGAAAGAGAAGAAAGACAUAAGAACGAUGCAGAGAGUGACCACAACAAUGACGAGGUGCGGGGUAGACAGCAAGAGAGUAAUGAAGAAAGUAGGGAAGAGAGACAUAGAAAUAGGUUUAAAGAAAGGGAUCAAGAAGAUGAGGAAAUUGGAGAAGAUAGGAGAGGAGGCGACGAGGGCAGAGAGGAAGAUCGACCGGACGAUGUAAUUGUGUAUAGGCAGAAGAAUACAGAAAAAGAAGUAGAUUACAGAUGGGACCACGUCUAUCAGGACGACCGUAGACACGAAAAACCUCGCAAAAGGCCUAACUAUUUUCUGAAUCCGCCAAAAUUUAGGGUUCACGAGCAAAUUUUCGCCCCUGUUAAGUUACAGUAG